UGCGUAUUUACACGGUAUUCAGGAUUCAAGUUCAAAGGUAAUAAAAUACAUCGUCUUCAACUCCUUGUAUUGAUGAGAGUGUGUGUUUAACUCGGUGAAUUUUUAUGAAGGUAAAGUAUACGAGGGAUCUAAUCUCUUGGAGAGCAGAAGCUUACAGCAGUAACAGCUGAUAAAAGUAAAAGUCGUCAUAAGGGUCUUGUUUUUUAAGCUCAAUGAUUCGACAAACCGCUGACCCUGCAACUACUUCUGCUUCAUUGUCUAAUAUCAAUCAUGUCGCAUCCAUCCAUUUGGAACAGCAACAGCAGAAACAAGCAGCUUGUACUGGCCAGAGUUUACCAAGAAAUGGGCAUUUGUAUUCUACUUUAGUACCAAAUAAUAAUACUGGUUCAGUGCCGAGAAGCAGGCUUACACAUGAAAGGCUGCAGUUGAGUAAUAGAGGAUUACUGCCUAUGAGUUCUCAGAUUGAUGAAGAACUUGUAUCUGACAGUAGCAGAUCAGUUUUUAAGAGUUCACCGCACAUGGUCAGUGGUGACUUGCAGUUUAAUAGCAGUGGGCAAGUAACUAGCAGUGCUAACACAUCUACGUCAAUUAAUAGCUCAUUAAUUGGUCACAGACCACUUAUGUCUAACGAGACGCAGGCUAAUUCAUUAUUGUCCAGCAGUGUAUCAUCAUCAAGUAAUGCUCAUCAUCAGCAGCAGCUCAUGCCAAAUAGUAGCAAUAUAGACCCUUGUGGAUAUUUAUUGAUUAAUGACUUUCCGUUGACAAGUAAUUCUCAGCAAAUUAUUGCACGAACAUCAAAUGCUGGUCCUUCAUUAUUUAGUGGGCAACAGUCAAACAUUAGUUCGUUUAACAACGAAUCUCGAUUCGAUAAUGUACCACUUAUUAGUAAUGCCCUUUUACAAGCUGAUAGACUUGUGAACCGUAGAUCUCAAAUGCCAAGUACUUCUCAACACAUUAAUCAUCCAACAUUGGUUACUCAGCUUGUGAAUAAUAGUGGCCUUGUGUCAAAUAUUAAAUCUCCUGUAAGUAGUGUUAGUUCCCCUCAACAAAUAAAUGCUCUUAAAUAUACUAGUUGUGAUGGGCUAACAGCAACCACGGGGUCCGUAAGUACUAUGUUACUAAAUAUGAAAUCUCCAGUAAGCAGUGCAUCCUUGUCAAACAGUGAAACUAUACAGAUCAGUAAGCAUCAUUUAUUUAGCCCCAGAAGUCCUGCAGGUAGUAUUGGUCUUGGUCAUGAGGCUGACUCUUCUUCAAGACAACCAAUGAACAGUAGUGGACCACCAGUGAAUAUUAGACCUUUGAACAGUAGACAUGCAAUAAAAAAUGGGUCACCAUUAAGUACUAGUAAAUUUUUAGGCACACAAUCAUUGUCGAGUGGUGGAUCUUUAGGGGCAUUUUUACCACAAGCACCAUUAAUAUCAAGCAAAGCACUAAUGUCUGGAAACGCAGCAUCAAUGCCUAAUAGCAUAUCAUCUAUUCCAAGAGGCGAUUCUACUCAUGGUCUGCUAGAUCAGUUUCAAUAUAUCAGCAUUACAGAGGCGUCAUCGCAACAUAGCCAAAAACUAGAGCCUCUACCAAAUUCCAUGGCGCAGAUAAAUAGCUCUCCUCAGACAUACAAUACAACAACGAAUCAGUCGUUAGAUACGAAACCCGCUAAUUAUCUAGCCUCAAGACCCUAUGCUAGUCAAAUAAAUCAUCAGCAAACCACCAGCGUGACGAAGCAGGGCUUCAACAAAAUCUGGGGCAUGGACUCUACCGACAUAAUCCUAUGUAGAAACAUUUUGCCAGCCAAAAAGAUUGAGCCACCGAGAAUAAAGCUCCACCAGGAUCUACUAGACCGAGUUAAUUGUAGCCCAGAUAUCUUCCGUUGCACCUUGACCAAGAUACCAGAAUCGAAUUCUUUGUUACAAAAAGCGCGACUGCCACUGGGUAUCCUCAUCCACCCGUUUAAAGAUCUGAACCACUUGCCGGUCAUUCAGUGCAAUACGAUAGUGCGGUGCAGAUCGUGUCGUACCUACAUAAACCCGUUCGUUUACUUUAUCGACUCGAAGCGCUGGAAGUGCAAUCUUUGCUACAAAGUAAACGAACUGCCGGACGAGUUUCAAUUCGAUCCCGCAACCAAGUCAUACGGUGAUCCGUCGCGUCGUCCAGAAAUUCGCACCAGCACAAUAGAGUUUAUAGCACCGAGCGAGUACAUGUUACGGCCACCUCAGCCUGCCGUCUACAUAAUGGUUUUUGACGUGUCUAGGUUGGCCAUUGAAAGCGGCUACCUUGCUCUUGUGUGCAAUAUUAUAACCGAAGAACUGUCCCGAAUCCCGGGUGACAGCAGGACCCAAAUUGGCAUACUGGCAGUGGAUUCGGCAGUCCAUUUUUUUGGUAUGCCUGACAACGUUUCACAGCCCCAGCACAUGAUCAUGAUGGAUGUAGAGGAUGUUUUUUUGCCCAGUCCAGACAACCUUGUGGUCAACCUAAAGGAGCGUGAGGAGCUGCUGAAGUGCCUGCUCAUACAGCUGCCUCAGAUAUUCAAGGACAGCCACGAAACGAGCUGCGCCCUAGGCGCGGCCCUCCAAGUGGCUUACAAGUUGACAUCGCCAACCGGGGGCCGGGUAAGCGUGUUUCAAACGUGCCUGCCUAACAUAGGCCCGGGAUCGUUGCAGCCGCGAGAGAACCCAAAUGCUCGAGCGGGCAAGGACGUACCCUGGCUCAAUCCUGCCACGGACUUUUACAAGCGACUGGCUUUAGACUGCAGCAUCCAACAAGUAGCCGUCGACUUGUUUCUCCUGAACUGCCAGUACAGCGAUUUGGCGAGCCUAUCGGGCAUUUGCAAGUUUAGCGGCGGUUGCGUCUACAAUGUUCCCCUGUUCCAAGCCUCUAGGUUGCCCCAAGCCGAGCUUCUGGACAGGAUGCUGCGCCGUUACCUUACCCGAAAAAUUGGUUUCGAGGCGGUGAUGAGGGUACGGUGCACCCGAGGCAUCGGCGUGCACACCUUCCACGGUAACUUCUUUGUACGCUCGACGGAUCUUCUGAGUCUGCCAAACAUAAACCCAGAUGCGGGCUUUGGCAUGCAGUUAACCAUCGAUGAGAGCCUGACCGACGCGACAAAUGUCUGCUUCCAGGCCGCUCUCUUGUACACAUCCAGCCGAGGCGAACGCCGUAUACGUGUGCACACCCUCUGCCUACCGACGACGGCUAAUCUGUCGGAGGUCCUUCACUCGGCGGACCAGCAGUGCAUCGUGGGCCUUCUAGCCAAAAUGGCCGUCGAUCGUUCUGUUUCGUCCUCGCUUUCGGACGCCCGUGAGGCCCUCAUUAACGCGGUGGUCGAUUACCUCUCAGCGUACAAGCUGAUCCAGUCCUACCCAGGUGAAGGACUUCUGGCUCCGGACAACCUUAAGCUCCUUCCCAUGUACAUAAUCGCCCUGCUGAAGAGCCGUGCUUUUAGAUUUGGGAUCAGCACGAGGGUGGACGACCGUUUCUACGCCAUGUGCCAGCUCAAGACCCUGCCCCUCGGACAGCUUGUGCAAUUCGUCUACCCAGAUCUCUAUGCCAUCCAUGAUUUUGUAUUUGAUCGCCGGAUAACUCAGACGGAAGACGGCCAGCUGUAUUCGGCCCCGGACAAGCUUCACCUCUCGGCCGAGAAACUCGACUCACGAGGAGCAUUCCUGCUAGAUCACUGCGACCAGAUCCUCAUUUAUGUCAGCAAAAACGUUAACCCAUCGUUCUGUUUCAAUGUGCUCGGUGUACCAAGCUUUGCUGCCAUUCCCGAAGAGAUGUGCGGUCUACCAGAGCUGUCAAACCCAGAGUCCGAGAGAUUGAGGGCCUUUGUUGCCACACUACAGGAUGAGAAGCCCUAUUUUGCUACACUUCGAGUCAUUAGAGACGACGGACAUUUAAGGACCGAGUUCACUGAGCGACUUAUCGAGGAUAGAUUUGAAAACGCGCUCAGCUACUACGAAUUCCUUCAGCAUGUUAAAACACAAGUUAAAUAAUGACGCAAUAAUACGGCCAGAGGAUAAAUUAUCAUAAAUUUGUUAAAAUAUUUUACAAUAAUAUAGGCGAUGAUGAUGAUAAUGAUAAAUAAUAACAGUAAAUUUUGUUAUAUUGGUAUAAAAAAAUAGAUAUACCUUAUUAAUAACUUGUAUAAAAGGACAUC